UUAUUUUGCAGGUUAACUUGAUCAGUGUUCGCGGUGUUGGCUAUACUGAUAAAACAUCUGGCUCGGUGCACGGCGCCAAUUAUAAUGUAUCCACAUUCCAAUCCAAAUUAUUAAGGAGUUAAAGUAGAAUCUUCCUUUAUGCAUUGGAGCGUAGCGUCUGCCUAUAAUUGACUGGACAACUGUGUGUAUAGCUGUAUAAUUAAUACAAUCUAAUAACUUCCGUACAUCAAUGAGUGAAUUUCUGACUGUACAAGUUGGUCAGUGUGGUAACCAGAUUGGUGGUGCUUUCUGGCCACUUGUACUUCAAGAAUAUGGCAUCGGAACACAAACAGGAUGCAUUUCUAUGUCACAAUCUCAGCACAUUGACCCCAACGGAAGACUUCUUGAUGCAUUCCAAAGUUUCUUCUUGAGCUCAGAUGGGAUUUCUGGGCAGAAUUUUAAGACACUUGCUGAUUUGGAGAAUGCAAAAGUUAGAGCAAGGGCAGUGUGUAUUGAUAUGGAAGAUAGUGUAGUGGCCCAUUUUCGCACUGGUCAGUUCCGUCAUUUGUUUGAUGAGACAUGUCUCCUUACAAACUACCCUGGAUCAGGAAAUAAUUGGGCAGAAGGUUUUUAUGCACAUGGAAGUGAAUACAGUGAGAAAAUAUUGAACAUUUUGCAGCGUUGUGCUGAAAAAAGUGAUCAACUUCAUGGAUUCCUGUGUCUGUUCUCACUGGGUGGUGGUACAGGCUCAGGCCUUGGUUCUUCUAUUCUCACAAUUCUUGAAGAUAAUUUUCCACUUAUAGAGAGGUUUGUGACCUGUGUUUAUCCAGCAGGGAAUGAGGAUGUGGUUACAGCUCCAUACAAUGUGGCAUUAGCUACCAGAGAGCUCACACAUCAUGCCAGUUGUGUUUUCCCUGUUGACAACAAGGCCUUGUCAGACAUAUGCAGCCGCCUGAAGUCUUCAAAAGAUAAACAUGGAGUAGCAGGGUACAUUGCAGCGUGUAAACCGUUUCAAGAUAUGAAUAGUAUUGUGGUUAACAUGCUCCUGCACCUUACUAGUGGUUCACGGUUUCCUGGAAGCAUGAAUGUGGACAUUAAUGAAAUAUAUAACAAUAUGGUCCCAUAUCCAGGCUUACAUUACAUUUCAAGUAGCAUCAGUCCACUGAAUGGCUUGAUUGACAGGACAGAUGAUUUAUUUACAUCAGCAUGGUCACGAGACAAUCAGCUUCUGAAGGUGGAUCCCCUAAGUGGGAUCGUAUUGGGUGCAUCUCUCUUGGGCAGGGGAUCAAUUUCUGUUUCUGAUAUGCGCCGCAACAUAGACAAAUUUCAGACUAAGGUGAAAUUUGUUCCCUGGAGCUGUGGAGAUGCAAUGAAGAUCGGAUUGUGUUCAGUUCCACCUCCAGGUCUUGCUUCUUCAGUUCUAUCCCUCAUCAAUACAUCCAACAUGUCUUCGCUGUUUAAAGAUGUUUCACAGAAAUUUACUAAAUUAUAUCAGAGAAAGGCUCAUGUACACCACUACCUUCAAGUGCCUGGAUUCAAUGAAGAGGACUUUGCCAGUAGCCUUGAGAAUCUGCAUAAGUUGGAAGAAGAAUAUACCAAACUCACAAACAUCAAAGCCCAGACAGUACCAAGAUUACAAGUACUGUGAUAUGUAACUGAUGAAUUGGUUAAAAAAGGAAUUAUUUUGAAAUAUUGUGAUCAACAAGAUAUUAGUUUCCUGUGCAGUAAUUCAUUCUUGAUUAAGUUUAAGAGUCUUUUUAAUUAUCUGGCUCUUGUAGUUUCAGGGUGUGGUUGUGGGUGGUAUGUUUAAAAAACAUUGUGUUCUACGAGGGUGA